UUUCUUGGGGAGGAAAGUGCAAAUACAUGUUUGGCGCUCUCAUAAACGGACAAUCAUCCGUCUAAUAUGGCAGCCCAGUUUCCUCACCUCUUUUCAAAGUAAGCUUGAUAAUUCAUUUGAGGUUGUUUUCACUGCUCACACCAUUCAAAUGUCGCUUUCUUUUCUGGUUUCGUUUACAAAUCGCUUUCACUGAAGUCAUUAUUUUCCUCAUUUUUCGAUUCGUUUGCAAAGAUACCUGAAAGUAUUUAUUCUUUUUUGAAGAUUUUAGAUGUAAGUCAGACGACUUUUGAUUCGGUGAGGAAUGGUUUUGUUUUGGCGCCGAAACAGAUGGAACGAUUUCGCAAUACUGGAUGUUGCAACUGAAAGAGUAUGUAUAACUGAAUUCAAGAAGAUGGUUGCUGUUUCUCAGUUUUCACAAGAGUUGCUGUUAUGAGGAGCAAGUUUUAAGAAUGUGGUAUGCGCGUCAAGUGGCCAAUUACCCUUGUUAUGUCAUUUUCAUAAUUCUUACUGGGGCUAUUCUAUUUAUUAUCCUUAGUGUCACUCAGACUGAACUGCCAAACUUUAAAGAUCCUCUAUUGGGCUUUGAAUCGCGUGGGACGGAUCUCUCAAAACGCGCAACCGCUUGGCACAAUCUCCUGAAGAGUACCAGUUGGGAUGGACCCCUCACUUUCUAUCCUGGCAGCAUUGUGACAGACAUCAGUAAUGAAACCAUUGAAGCGGCACAGUGGCGACAGUCUUCUUCCAAAAACGGAACGCCUGCUGCAGAGAGCUCGGGGCCGUGGCUCGAAUUCGAGACGGACGAACAAAACUAUGGUAGCCUGCACAAGGAGGACGAUUCUGGACGCAUUGUCUUUGAAAGGCCCCCCUCUCCCAACAUCAAACUCACUAAAAUACCAACUCUUGAAGGAAAGAAUUUCUUUUGUAAUAAUCCAUCUCGAGAUUAUGCUCAUGUCAUUAUGCAAUCCUCAUCUGGCAAAAAUCUGUUGACGGUAGAGGGCCUCAAAAGCAUAUGUGAUGUUGACGAAAACAAACUCCGCAAGUCUGACUAUUUCUCUGAGCUUUGUGAGCAGUCACCCGUCGGCUCUUGUUGCCGCAGCUGGUCCAUCUCCAAUUACGUCGCCUUGCUUAGAAACCUUUCCACUUGCCACGCCAUCGGUCAGUCGGACGUGAACGCUGUUCUCGAACUCCUCGUCUCCUGCGCAUCCUACUACCACAACAUGAAACUGAGCCACGACUGUGCCAUGGAUCCUGCACUGUGCCGUGGCGUGCCCAGGCACUGCAUCGAGUACGACGCCGUGUACAACAUCCUUCACUAUCUCACCGACAUCAAUUUCCUGAAUCCCAAACAUCCCCCGACCCCUCAGUUGACGUACACGGCAGUGUUUCUCCCGAUCGCUCAGAGUUCGGCUGCCUUGAAUUACUACGAAGAUCUGGAGAGUGAGGAUCUAUGCAGCAACGACGUGGUGGUUGCCGGAAUGGAGUUUGGCUUGAAAUACAGGCUGUUCACCGUCACUCUGCAAAAUGAUGCAGUUUACGUGGUGUUGGCCGGAAUGCUCAUCUUCUUCUUUCUUUGGAUAUAUUCGUCGUCUUUUUUUGUCACCUUCAUGACGCUGUGUGGUGUUGUAUUUUCCAUGGCCACUGCAUAUUUCAUGUAUUCCCUUGUCUACCAGAUAAAGUUUUUUCCAUUCAUUAAUCUGCUCACCGUCAUCAUUAUAAUAGGUAUAGGUGCUGAUGAUGCGUGUAUAUAUUGUAAGAUAUGGAGCUGUGCCAAAGCGGAGAAGAGCAAUGGGACACUAGUUAAGUUAGUUUGUGAUACAUUUCACCAUGCCUGCCUCUCCAUGCUUGUUACUAGUAUAACAACAGCGGCUGCAUUUUUUGGUAGCAUGAUUAGCAAUAUUACUGCAGUACGCUGUUUCAGCAUAUUUGCUGGAACUGCUGUGCUUGCCAAUUUUUUCUUCACGAUAUCAUGGCUUCCAGCUUCCGUGACGAUUGCAGAGAAAUGGUGCUCGAGUACUUGCCUGCUGGUAUCUCCUCUAGGGUUGUAUCUUCCUCAGUUCCAGCACAUUCCGUGGUUCUCCUCACUCUGCAACUCCUUCUGGAAGAUCCACUACAGCUUCACUGACUCUUCUCGUGUCUUCUUCGAGAAAAUCCUGCCUUGCAUCAUCGUGAAAUCGAGGUAUUUCUGGCUGGUGCUCUUCACGACGUUAGCCACUGGUGCCGCGGUAGUCGUUUUCUACUACCCCAGACUCCAACUCCCCGACUCCAAAGAGUUCCAACUCUUCAAAACCGAACACCCUUUCGAACAGUAUGAUUUGUAUCUGAAGAAAUUCUUCUGGUUCGAAAAAGCGAGGGAACAAGACGUGUUCAGGAAGCUCCCCAUCCGCAUCGUCUGGGGUGUCUUGCCUGUGGACACCGGCGACUACUUGGACCCGUACGAUCGAGGGGCUCUCUCCAUCGACCCGCUUUUCGACAUGGCUCAGCCUGAAGCGCAGUUGUGGCUGUACAAGUUUUGCACGCAGCUGAGGAACCAGACUUUCUACCAGCUCACGAGUGGCCCCCUCCUCUUCAACUGUUUCAUCGAGACGUUCAGGUUGUGGAUGGAGAGGCGGUGCGUGGACGGCAUCACCGACGCGAACAGGACACCGUGCUGCGAGUCAUCCAAGUUCCCGUUCAGCGUGAAAGUCUUCAACUACUGCAUCAAGCAGGCAGUGGGCAUUCUGCACCACAAUCCAGGCUACUUCGCUGUCCCGGUCAUGGAAGGAGUGCGGUUCUCCAAGUCCACCGCGAAAGUGCAAGCCAUCGUCGUGCAGUACGACAGCAUUUACUCCUACUCGAACUCGUACACGGAAAUGUACGAGUUCAGCCACUCCGUGGAUGGAUGGGUGAGCGGGAUGUUGAAGACCGCUCCCGAUGGUUUGAAGAACGGAUGGUUCGUGAGCGAUUUGGAGUUCUUUGACUUGCAAGACAGUUUAUCGAGGGGGACUGUGAUAGCCAUUGGUGUCGCCAUUGCUGUUUCUUUUAUUGCUCUGCUGCUUACGACUCUUAACUUGCUGAUGAGUAUUUACGCUAUCGUUACGAUCGCGUGCAUCAUAAUAGUGACGGUUGCCUCCUUGGUGCUGUUGGGGUGGAAGUUAAACGUCCUCGAGAGCACUACUGUGUCCAUAGCCAUCGGACUGGCCGUGGAUUUAACACUGCACUAUGCCGUCGCUUACAAGCUGUCACCGCAAGAAGACCGCGAAUCCUCGGUCGUCUUCGCCCUGAGCCACGUCGGCAGUCCGGUCGCGAUGGCGGCUUUCACCACCUUCAUGGCGGGAGCUCUGAUCUUCCCUUCGACUGUCCUAGCCUACCUGCAAAUAGGCACGUUCCUCGUCCUCUUGAUGUCCAUCAGUUGGCUCUACUCGACUUUCUUCUUCUUAUCUAUUUUAAGCAUCGCCGGACCGGUCAACGAAUUCCUGCAACUGAGCUACUCUUCUUUCAACGUCUGCUCGGAGUGCGAGACCGCUGCAGUCCCCGUCGAGAAGAACGUGUUCGCCCUCUCCGAGUCGACGCUGUCGUCGAGCAGCGCGAGCUAUCCGAAUCAGAUACCGACCAGCGAGAGCCACGAACUGGAACCCCUGACCGCCAUCAAAGCGGGUCACAUCGACGUGCCGAAGUUCAAGAAGAAGUACAGCCACCGGUCCAUUCGACCCCGCUCAGAGAGUCUGUCUUCUGCCCCGACUAGGACUAGAGAUAGUGCCAUACCUUUCAAAAUGAGCAAGACUCCCAGGAAGAUCAGUCUGCCCACGGUGAGUGUCACUUUUCACGGAGAACCGAAUCCCGACUCGUCGAUCGGGGGGGCCACGAGUUCGUCCACCAUCGUGUGUGCCGACGAGGAGAGAGAACCUCUGUCGAAAGAUGAUGUCUCCGAUUCUUGGAUCGGAAAGGAAAUAAGUUUAUAAGUGUCGCUUUGAUUCUCAUUAGCUGAUCUCAAAGUUAGAGCAUACCUCCUCGAAUUGAAAACAUAUAAUGUGACUGAAUUUCUUUUAGCGUGAAAUAAUUCUCUGCCAAAUUGUAUACAGAUAUAACAUUCACGCGAAAUAACUUUUAAAGAGGAACUCGAAUAAUUUGUGAAAAUAUUUUACUUUUAGCAAUGUACAGUAGAGCGCACUGCUCGGGGGCGGGCGUGGUCUGGGUUGCAAAAAACCAGAAAAACCCAAACCCGGGUGGGUUUUUUCAUGGGGGCUUUUUCAAAAGAGAGGGCAGGGAUAAGUACCUUAUUUUAAUAUUAAUAAUUAAGUUUAAUUUUAUAAAUUGACUUCAUAUAGAUAUUAAUACAAAUAAAUUGAUGUCGUUUCUUCUGACAUCACAAUACAAAAUACAUUACACAUUUGAAACUUAUUUUAACACAGGAUUACUUUUUAUUUAUAUUUUAAUCUUAGAAAAUAUUUGAGGAACAUUCUUUAUUUGCAUAGAAAGCGAAUAAAUGGCUCUGAAUAAUCAAUGACCAUACAGUCAAAUCUAGUCAGCAAGGUGACUCUCCAACACAAUUAGUUUUUUCACUAUAGGUUCAUUUUUUUUAGGCUGGACUACAUAAAUAUUUCAAUAGAAUA